GCACUCAUACCACCAGAAGACCUCCUCGCGUUUUCACCAUGGAUUCGCUUAUUUUAUUCAUCAAGGACAAGGCCGUGGGAAGUUUAACAAGUAUGGUGGCUGAAUUAAUCACAGAGGAGGUUUCCCAACUCAGCAACGGCAAGUCCCACUGUAAGGGGGCCUGCAGAGAGCAGCGGUCACGGAGCUCUCCAAGGAUGCUGGGACUCAGCUCACAAAUUUGCUUCUCUCAGUCAGGACGACAGUCCCUGCGCCUGGCGGCCCCGGUAUGGAACUGGGGUACCGGCAGCAUCCGUGGCCUGAGCAGGGCAGUGGACCCGGAGGGCAUUCAGAGGAAGGGGAGGACGCUGUUCCAGUUCCUGGCAGACCGAUUCUAUGACGUGGCGGCCGUGAGGGAGUACCUGCUCCGAAAGCAGGUGUUGAAGGUGCACCAGAAGAAUCGGUCCUUCACCUACAUCAAGGAGCGAUACGGCCCGUACGUGGCAGGUGCCCACUUCAUCCUGAAGCAGGGAGGCGCAGUCAAGUUUCAGGACAAGGAGUGGAUGCGGUCAAGUGGGCGUGGCCUGUCCUUUCUUGAGUUCUGGGAGUUCCGGGCGGUGCCCAUAGAGGCUGUCGAUGCCAGUGGCUGUGCCAUCAACUACCAAGGCCUGGACCACCUCUUGGCCCUGAAGGAGCUCCAGUCCCUGUCGCUGCGGUGCUGUCCCCACGUGGAUGACUGGUGUCUUAGCCGCCUCCACCAGCUGGCCGACUCACUGCAGGAGCUCUCGCUGGCUGGUUGCCCCCGAAUCUCUGAACGGGGCCUCGCCUGCCUCCACCACCUCUGGAACCUCCGCAGGCUGGACAUCUCCCACCUCCCUGCUGUGUCCAACCCGGGCCUCACUCAGAUCUUGGUGGAGGAGAUGCUGCCCAACUGUGAGGUUCUGGGGGCUGGCUGGGCCCAGGGCCUCAAGUUGGGGCUGGAGGAGCAGUCGCAGGACACAGCCAGCAGCCCCAUCCCUGCCUAGACUCAGCCUGCGUCAGCAGGGCUGCGCUGAGGGGCCGACAGCCCAGUUCUGGCUUCUAGCCGGUCUCACCAACGUGGGGGUCGGGCGGGCUGAGGGGCCCUGGUGGGAUGGAGGGAAAGAGUGUGAGGCGGGGUAUUUA